AUGAUUUUGGAUGCUUCUUUUGGUGGCUCUGUUUUGUUCAAGACUGCCGAUGAAGCUAUCACAAUUAUUGAAUCUAUGGCAUCUACUGACUUGCGAAGCCAACAUGGGAGGGGUCAAGCACAAAGGAGGGGAGUAUUAGAAUUGAGUACUCAAGACGCCCUCUUAGCUCAACAUAAGCUUCUUACUCAACAAAUCGAAUCUCUCAACCAACAAAUGGCUAAAUUACCUCAACAACUCCAAGCCAUGCAUGCCAAUCCUUGCCAAACUCAACAAGUUAUGCGGUGUGAUUUUUGUGGAGGUGAUCAUUCCAAUGGCUAUUGUCAAGUUCCUAGUGGCUCCCAAGGUGAAGAAGUCAAUUAUAUGGGGAACCAAGGACGCCAAAAUUUUCCUAACAAUCCUUAUCCUAGCUCUUACAACCAAGGGUGGAGAAACAAUAAUGCUCAAUUUGGAGGGAAACAAGACAUGGGUGCAUCAAGUAGUAGACUUCACCCUCCACAGCAACAACACCCACCAUUGUAUGAAAGAACUACCAAGCUAGAAGAUACCUUGCAGCAAUUCAUGCAAUUAUCCCUCCAAAAUCAAAAGAAUACAGAUGCUUCAAUUAAAAAUUUGGAGGUGCAAGUGGGACAAUUGGCCAAGCAGUUAGCGGACCAGAAGAGUGGAUCGUUCUCCGCUAAUACACAAACAAAUUCCAAGGAGCAUUGUAAGGUAGUGGCUACAAGAAGUGGGAAGACAUUUGGGGAGAGUAAUCCAAGUGAUAAAGAGAAAAAGGUGAUGAAAGACAAUAGCGAAGCAGAAGACAAAGAUGAAAGUGUAGUGGAGGAGGUGGAGAAUAAAAGAGUGAGUGGAGAGAUUGAGAAAAAGAAAAAAAAGAUUGAGAAGGAAGUUGGAAAGGCACCACCUACAAAGAAUCUUCCAUACCCACAUGCUCCUUCAAGAAAAGACAAAGAGAGACAAUUUGCAAGGUUUCUAGACAUUUUCAAGAGGUUGCAGAUCAAUAUUCCUUUUUCAGAAGCCUUAGAGCAAAUGCCAACUUAUGCUAAAUUUAUGAAGGAGUUAUUAUCAAAGAAAAGGAGAUUCAUUGAAGAAGAAACUAUUGAGUUGGAGGCCGGUUGUAGUGCAAUCAUUCAGAAGUCCCUACCUCAGAAAUAUAAAGAUCCAGGCAGUUUCACAAUCCCUGUAACCAUAGGUACUCUACCUGUGGGUAAGGCAUUAUUGGACUUAGGGGCAAGCAUUAACUUGAUGCCCUUGUCUAUGAUGAGAAGAAUAGGAGAUUUGGAAGCUAGACCUACUCGGAUGACAUUACAGUUGGCUAACAGAUCAAUUAAGUAUCCUCAUGGAGUGGUGGAGGAUGUUUUGGUCAAGGUGGACAAUUUCAUGUUCCCGGUGGAUUUUGUGGUGAUGGACAUGGAAGAGGACAUAGAGGAGAUUCAAAUUCACUAUUACUUUGAGAAGUAUGACUCAUGA